AUCAGGGCGCGCCGCCGCCGCGGGUGCACGUGGGCAGAGCGGUGGCGCGCCGGGCGCUGCCGGCCCCGGUCCUUGAGGCGGGCUGAGAUUAGGAGCGAAGGUCCCCGCGGAGCCUCCGGUGCGGCCGUCUGACACCGCCGUCCUCCGUCCGGGGCGGCCACCGGGGCUCGGCACGCCCAUGAGGUGGGGCGGGCGCAGCGGGGGCGUGCGGCCGGGGGGCAGCGGGGCAGCGGCAGGAGCUCGCCAUGGAGUUCACGGCGAUCGACUACACCAUCUUCACGCUGCUGCUGGUGCUGUCCUUGGCCAUCGGGCUCUUCUACGCGCUGAGCGGGGGCCGGCAGCGCACGGUGCAGGAGUUCCUCCUGGCGAACCGCAGCAUGGGCUUCCUGCCCGUCGCCCUCUCCCUGCUGGCCACCUUCCAGUCGGCAGUGGCUAUCCUGGGUGUGCCCGCCGAGGUCUACCGGUUCGGCACCGAGUACUGGUUCCUCGGCUGCUCCUACUUUCUGGGGCUGCUCAUCCCGGCACACGUCUUCAUCCCCGUCUUCUACCGCCUGCAGAUCACCAGCACCUACGAGUACCUGGAGCUGCGCUUCAACAAGACCGUGCGUGUCUUUGGCACCGUCACCUUCAUCUUCCAGAUGGUCAUCUACAUGGGGGUGGUGCUCUAUGCGCCUGCGCUGGCCCUCAAUGCAGUGACGGGCUUUGACCUCUGGAGCGCAGUGCUCACCAUAGGGCUGGUCUGCACGCUGUACACCACGCUGGGCGGGCUGAAGGCUGUCAUCUGGACGGACGUCUUCCAGACGCUGGUGAUGUUCGCGGGGCAGCUGGCCGUCAUCGUGGUGGGCGCCCAGCGCGUGGGCGGCAUGGCCCGCGUCUGGCGCCUGGCGGAGCAGGAGGGCAAGAUCUCGGGCAUCGACCUCAACCCUGACCCCUACGUGCGACACACGUUCUGGACGCUGGCCUUCGGGGGCGUCUUCAUGAUGCUGUCGCUGUAUGGCGUGAACCAGGCGCAGGUGCAGCGGUACCUGAGCUCCCGCAACGAGAGGCAGGCCGUGCUCUCCUGCUACGCCGUCUUCCCCUGCCAGCAGAUCGUGCUCUGCCUCAGCUGCCUCACCGGCCUCGUCAUGUUCGUCUACGACCGUGAGCACCCGCUGGUGACCGGCCCCAUCUCCUCUGACCAGCUGGUGCUGUACUUUGUGAUGGACGUGCUGAAGGACCUGCCAGGGCUGCCCGGCCUCUUCGUCGCCUGCCUGUUCAGCGGCUCCCUGAGCACCAUCUCCUCCGCCUUCAACUCGCUGGCGACGGUGACGAUGGAGGACCUGGUGCGGCCGCACUGCCCUGGGCUGUCGGAGUCGCGGGCCACGCUGUUCUCCAAGCUGCUGGCUCUCGGCUACGGGCUGCUGUGCCUGGGGAUGGCCUACGUUUCCUCCAUGCUGGGCCCCGUGCUGCAGGCAGCCAUCAGCAUCUUCGGCAUGGUGGGGGGGCCGCUGCUGGGGCUCUUCUGCCUGGGCAUGUUCUUCCCCUGCGCCAACCCCACGGGUGCCAUCGUGGGGCUGCUGGCGGGGCUGGCCAUGGCCUUCUGGGUGGGCAUCGGCAGCCUGGUGUCCAGCAUGGGGGCUGCCGGGGGGGCCCCCGCAGCCAACAGCACCGCCCACCCCCCUGACGGCAACAUCACCGCCGCCCUCGCCACCACCCUGCUCACCCCCACGGCAGCCCCACGCAGCCCCACGGGCCUGCAGAAGUUCUACAGCCUGUCGUACAUGUGGUACAGCGCCCACAACUCCACCACCGUCAUCGUGGUGGGGCUCCUGGUCAGCCUGCUCACCGGCCCCACGCGGGGCUCGGCCGUGGACCCCCGCACCAUCUACCCGGUGCUGCCGCGCCUGCUGUGCUGCCUGCCCCCCAAGUACCGGCAGUGGCUGGGCUGCGGGGUGCCCUUCCCCGCCCAGGACGCCGCCCGCGCGGAGCUGACCACGACGGAGAAGGUGGCGCGGGUGCCCAACGGCGUGGCCGCCGGCUGCGUGCCGCGGGCCGAGGAGGAACAGGGCUACGUGCGCGCGGCCGGGCCCCCCGCCUACGCCCUGCAGGAGACCUCCUUCUGACCCCCCCCCGGCCCCGGGCCCGGUGUGGCCGCGCGGUGCCAGCUCCCGGUGCGGGGCUGGGUCCCUGCAGGCGGCGCGGUGCCAGCCCCGUGCCCCCAGCCGGUACCGGAGGACGCUGCGGGGCCGCCGCCCCCGGGGGGCUCCGGGAGCAGCGUGGGGCAGGCGGGAGCGGCGCCCGUGCCCCCUCCCCGUGCCGCGGCCCGGCCCCGUGCCUUACCGCCCUGCUCCGCGGGCCGCGGCUCUGUCUUCCCCCCCUCCCCCCAAUAAAACCGUUGUGGAGCACGG